CUGUUGCUGUUCACCGGCAAUGAUACAGCAAACACGGGCUGCGUAAGACACACCGAGAUGGACUUAGCGAGCACUUUUUACCACUACAAAGACGGAUAUUAUUUAGACACCUUUGUCUACUGACGGCAGACGGACUUUAUUCUUCCAAAGGCUCAUUUUUGUUUCGGGGAAAAGACUCGCCGUUCAUGAGAGGAAUGGAUGCGACGGCUGGUUUCCUGCGACAUACACCGGCCAGCUAAGAAGCUUCCACAAUCACUUUGAAGACCACCUGAGUGCACCUUAACUAUUCGGGACUAGACUUAUUUCUGUGUGUUUAAUGUGACACGAAUGUCCGCAAAAUAAUUAUAAGUAGCAGUGAAAAAGUACACCAAGUUCUAGAAGAGCGUGGCUUAUCGCUACAGCUUUACGCUAACCAACGGCUAGCUGAAUCUCGCAUUCUUUGUUUAUAUUAUUUGCUUCACUGAAUACAGUGUUUGAUUACUACUUGUGUUGAGAAGAGGGACGUCGCUAAUAAGCUCGCGUUUCAGCCGAAUUACUGCCUGCAACACUGAACUUGAUUUUAAAGGACAUAAAUCAUCUGACUUAUCACUUAUGGCUCGUUAGUAUCGCGGUACUGCAGCUGACCCAGCUAACGUUAGCUAGCAUCUGUGUUAGCUAGUAGGUAGCGCCGUCAGCCACUUCUUGGCCUUUUAGUAACUCCUAGACUGUGAAAAUGCACCACCAGGAUUUUUCUGGAGACCCGCCUGGGACCGGGGGCAGGAAAACGGCUUACCACUACAGGAGGGGCAGUAGCGGCGCGUCUGCCUCCUCUGCAGCCGGUGGCAGUGGCGUCAACACGGCUGACGACAAUCCAACCCAGCCUGGAUCCUCUUCUCCCGGACUCCACCACCAGCCCCAGUCUCAAGUGGCCGGCGCUCAGGUGAAGAAGAAGAGUGGCUUCCAGAUAACAAGCGUCACCUCAGCUCAGAUCAAUGUGAGCGGCAACAACAGUUUAGCAGACGACACUGAGAGCUAUGAUGAUAUGGACGAGUCCCACACAGAAGACCUCUCCUCCUCUGAUAUGCUGGAUGUUUCCGUCUCCAGGGCCACGGAUACAGGUGUGCCGGAGAGAAGCUCUUCUGAUGAGACAUUGAACAGUCUCCACGGGGUUGACACACCUGGACUUGUGUCACCCAAUGAGCCUCUUCACCCUCAUUCCAUCCCUCAGGGGUCUCACCAGCACACCUCUAUGGUAAAUGGGACCAUGCAUCAUCAUUAUUAUCCUCAGCAACACAGCCAGUCCCACCAUCAUCACUCUGAUAGCUUGGGAGGAGCUGAACCCUCAUUACCAGCUCUUCCCAUUGCUCCCAUGGCUACUUCCAGCCCAGCUACAAUUUCCAAAGCUGGACCUAGCCAGUCCCAGAGGCCACUGAUGUUGGAUAACACUACGCCUGCAGGUGGGACAACCCAACCAUUAGCCCCGAUUGUUGGUGGGACUGCAGUUGAUCCACUUCAACAACCCAGUAUGAACAUUUGUAAUGUGUCUGCUGUCAGUGCUGCUGCGGUUCCUCCUUCUGGGCCUGCAGUCUUUGACAGCACUAGUUUGAGUGGACAAGUAGCUUCUGUUGGAGGAGGACCAGGCCCGUCUGCUGCAGUCCCCAACACUCAAACCCAGCACACCCAAACUCAGACAGCUACUGGUUCUCGUUUUAGGGUGGUCAAACUAGACACAAAUUCUGAACCAUUCCGCAAAGGAAGAUGGACGUGUACAGAGUAUUAUGAAAAGGAGAUUCCUCAUCCAACUACAGCUGAGGCACCAAAAGGUGCAGAGGUGGCUGCAGAGACUGAGGCAGGUAAUGCGGGGAUUAGUCAGGGCAUACCUGCUGUACAGCCACUUCACACAUUGCAGCCCUAUCAGCCGCCAAACCAGGACUUCACUAGUCCUCAAACCAUGCAGAGCCCACCACAGGGACUGGCCCAAACCACUCCUCUCACCUAUGUUUCACCCCAGGAGGUUGUUGGUGGGGCUCACAUGCAGAAACCAGUGGCUCCUCUCUCUCUCCCUACAGCAACACCACAGGCCGGUUUAAGUCAGGCUCCCCCUGUAAUAUCCCAGCAGCUUCCCUACACUGUGGAUACCCAGCAGGCUCAACCACAGGGAGGUUACCCUGCAUCUCAGCUCCAUGCCGGGGUCAUGGCCCCGGGAAGUGUCCGGCAGCCAGACUUUAUCCAGCCCACUGCUCCCUUCCAGACCCAGGUCCAGCCUCCACUGCCACAUGUCACAACAGGUAUCUCCAUAACACCAGUUCCAGGGGUCACAGCACAGCAGCCUGUCAGCAUUGCUCAGCAGCUGCCCCAUCAAGGUCAGGUAGCCCCACCUGUCCAGGCAACAUUUGCAGGACAGCCGCAGACCCUCCCAGCACAGCCUCACCCACAGCCACCAGUCCAGCCCCCCUCCACUGCCCCAGUCCCAGUUGCGCACGCCCAUGGAAACCCCUACAUGCCUCUGACUGCUGUCCUCCAGCCCCUCCUCACACCAGGCGCUACCUUCACCCAGGUCCCUGGAGGAGGGAGCUCCAUAAAAACCUUACAGCUGGAGGACGCCCAGAAGCUUCUGCUCCAGCACCAAGGCCUACUGGGUUUGCCCAGGCUGGGGGCAGCAACUGGUGGAGUCGGGGCUGCGGAGGUCAGCGGUGCUGCUGGAACACUGGCCCACAUGGGGAUGUCAGCUGAGGCCAGCGCCUUCAUGGCUGCUGCUGCUGCAGGCCUUAGGACUCAGCAUGCUGAAGGAGAGGAUGACAGCUCUUCCGGUGCAAGUGUGGUGGCCAUUGACAACAAGAUUGAACAAGCAAUGGACCUGGUGAAGAGCCACCUGAUGUACGCCGUGCGGGAGGAGGUGGAGGUGCUGAAGGAGCAGAUCAAAGAGCUGAUCGAGCGCAACACUCAGCUGGAGCAGGAGAACAACCUGCUCAAGAACCUGGCCAGCCCCGAACAGAUGGCUCAGUUCCAGGCGCAGGUCCAGACCGGCGGCUCCCCGACCGGCACCAGUCAGCCUCCGGCCCCGACCCCAGCCGGGACCACACAAGUCCUCCCAUCCACACAGAGCUCCGGUACGUCUGCAUAACACAGAAGCUGCACACGGAAGACCCCCCUGAGGAUGUGAGGAUGGGGGGGGGGUAGGUGGGAGGAAGAGGAGGAGUUGUCGUCUUGCCAUACUGUGAACUGACUCUAUGCCACUGACCGUCUUGAGGAGCGCUCACCUCACCUUAACCGGAGGACAAAAACCCAACUUUCUUUUGUUGCACAUUUAAUUUAAGUGAAAGACUUUGGAGUUGCACCGGUGUGUGUGGUGUCCCCAUUUUGUCUCCGACUUCCAUUACCUGCUUCGGACAAUCGUUGUCGUGGUGGUCGUGAUCAUUGUCCUCAUGGUGAUUAAGGGGGGGGGGGGCAGAGCUGACAGGAACUGACAGUCGACCCUUACAGCUGCCGCCAUUGUUCAGGGCCACCGUGAAGGGAAGAGCUAACGUAGGGCUCUGCCAUUUAGGAGCGCACGCUUUUGUCAGCGUGACCUGUGGAAAGGGUGCCAUCGUUUUUGCCCAACCCCCACCUCAACCCAGCACUGUCCAUCUGCACACGCUUUGAACGUUUCACUUGGCAUCAUCUUGUUUUAUGUUUUUUAAUUUCCAGUCUUUCUGUGCUGCGCUCGAUGCACUUUUUUUUUUCAGAUGAUACUGACAAUGGAAGAUUCGUACGACCCAUCUGGAAUGGGAGUCAAAUAGUCCAGCUGACUCUUUUCUUUCUCGCAGCAUCUGAAGAUGACGAGAGUCUUGAUACUCUGGUGGGUGGGUGGGGGGGGUUGGGGGGUAAAGAAUAAUGAAAUAUAUAUUAGCUGUGCCUAUUUGUUGACUUUAAGAACUGAGUUCUUUUCAAGGUUCAUGCCGCCGUCCCCACCCUGAACAUGCUCUCCCUUUUCUUGGAUGGAGCAUUUAACAUUUAUGCAGGGAAUCAACAAAUUAUUUUCUUUUUUUUUUUUUUUUUUUUAGGCUUGGAAACAUUUGGGAUUUAUUUUUGUCUGUUUUGCUCUUGUUGAUGUAAUUGAUGUCCUAGUGAUCUGUAAAAAAUAAUUAACAGAGAGGCUAAUAAGUAGGACAUGACUGUUUCUAGGUAGUGAACUUUGUACAGAUUAAAAAUUUCCAAUUAAACUCUGCCAAGUGCCUGGUUUCUAACCAUAGAUCUAUGGUUUUGCCAGGUUUUGAUCUACCUGUGAUGUGAAUACUCAGGGUGGGAACAGAAGAGGAUUCUUGACCUUGACACUAAGAUAUGCUGUCUCUCCUGCAGUGACACACGGCUUCGUACUGUAUGCUCUGCCGUCUCUUAAACUCACUCGCUCAAAUUAUCUGGACUGUUUUACCAUUUGGGGACGUGUAGUUGUUUUUUAAGGAAUGGCGAUGAUGAUUUUUUUUGUUGUUGUAAUUUUUUAUUUUUUUGGUCCUUUGUACAGCCAAGUGUUUGAGUUGCUCAUAGUGCAACUGGAGCGCUGAACACAAAUAAUGAGACACUUGGCAGAGAAAAAAAUAAAUAGGAAAAUGCCAAGCACAAGUAUGUUGAUGUUUUGUGCAUGUUCCUCAACCCAUCACAAAUGUGACGUUACAUUUGCACUAGACAGUUGCACCUCAAAUAAAAAAUGAAAACAAAAAAGCAAA